CCUCUGAGACUCCCUCCCGGUCCAUGGCGGCUCCCCGUCAUCGGCAGCCUCCACCACCUCAUCAUGAACCCGCUCAAGCACCGCGUCCUGGCCGACCUCGCGCGCCGGUGCGACGCCCCAGUCAUGUACCUCCGGCUCGGCGAGCUGGACGUGGUGGUCGUGUCGUCCCCGGACGCCGCCCGGGAGGUCAUGAAGACGCACGACGUCACCUUCGCGUCGCGAGCGCUGAACGCGACGGCGAGGGCCACGGCCGCCCACGGGCUGGGCCUCGUGAUGACGCCGUACGGCGAGCGGUGGCGGCAGCUCCGCAAGGUCUGCGUCGUGGAGCUCCUCAGCACCAAGAGGGUGCGGUCCUUUCGCCCCAUACGCGAGGACGAGACCGCCCAGCUCGUCGCCGACAUCGCCGCCGCGUGCCCGCCCGGCGGCGAACCCGUGAACAUCACCCAGCGGUUAGCCAAGCCCAUCGCGGACUCGUCGUUUCGCGCCAUGAUGGGAGAGCGGUUCAAGUACCGUGACGAGUUCCUGGAGUCCCUCUCCCAGAUGGUGAAGAUCGGUGCCGGGUUCAACGUAGGCGACAUGUUCCCGUCCUCGAGGCUCAUGUGCGCCAUCAGUGGCACGGUGCGCAAGUCCAGGGCGUUCCACCGCAAGAUCUACCAGCUGAUAGACUACGCCAUCGACCAACAUGGGGAGCGGAAAGCGGCAGGGGGCGCCGCCGCCGCCGCCGACGCGGACAUGAUUGAUGUUCUUUUGAGAAUCCAGAAGGAAGAUAGCCUCGACUACAGCUCUCUCUCCAUUGGGACUAUCAAAGCCGUCAUCCUUGACUUGUUUGCAGCUGGAAGUGAAACAACAUCGACGACUAUCAGUUGGGCUAUAGCAGAGCUCAUGAGGAACCCUAGUGUAAUGCAGAAAGUACAAGAGGAGGUUCGGCACGCAGUGCAAGACAAGUCGAGAGUAAGCGAAGAUGACUUGGUUAACUUCCAUUAUCUAAAACUCGUCAUCAAGGAAACUCUAAGGUUGCACCCAGCAGCACCCCUGCUCAUCCCAAGAGAGUGCCAGGAGCCAUGCCAGAUUCUUGGGUACGAUGUUCCGAAAGGCACGUAUGUCUUUGUGAACGCAUGGGCCAUUGGCAGGGACCCGAAAUAUUGGGACGAACCCGAAGCCUUCAAGCCAGAGCGAUUUGAAGGGGUCGCAUUCGACUACACUGGCACCGACUUCCGAUACAUACCAUUCGGAGCUGGUAGAAGGAUUUGCCCGGGCGCGGCGUUCUCCUUGGCAAACAUAGAGCUCAUUCUCGCCACGCUUAUCUUCCACUUCGACUGGAAGUUUCCGGCUGGAGUCAUGCCAGGCGAUGUGGACCUAACGGAGGAGAUGGGCGUCACCGUGCGUCCCAAGAGGGACCUGUACAUGCACGCGAGCGUGCGUGUGCCACUGCCUGCGAGGGAGCCCUUGAUUUGA